AAGUCGGAUAUAAAACAGUGUAUUCCUUUUUUAUGGUUUAAAUUUUGAAAACAUAGAGAAACUAUCAAGAACUGAUAACAAACACUUCACCACAAAGUAAAUAUAGAAUCACAAUAACAAAAUAAACAAAACGAAAAGUGAAUUUAGUUUCAAAAUGAAUGAAGUGAUAUACUAUUUGAUGUUAAAAAAUAAAAAGGUGAUAUAAUAUUUAUAAUUACUUUAUAAUUAAACUCACAGAUUAACGAAAAGAUUAAUAUUAAUGAUGAUUAAGUAGUAAUUUGUAAAAACAAUUCUCUUAAUGUAAUUGACUUUUAGAAGUGGUAGUGAAGUCACCAUUUUGUUAUUAAUUCUUACCAAUCCAAUUAAUAUUACAUUAAAUAAAUAAAAAUGGUCAUGAAACUAUUUAGAAAUCAUAAAAUAAAUCCCCAAUCUAAAGUAGAACCGCAUUAUAAAUACAUACCCAUCCCUUCUACUACCACAUCAUCUUCUUCGCCCAUUCUCAUCCUCUCUCUCUUCUUCUCUUUUUUCACUCUGUGUUUGCUUUCUUUUGCUCUCUUAACAUAACACAAACAUGUCCAUAGUUGUUGGCCAAGUCAGCACACAUCUUCCCAAGAAGCAAGUAAGCCAAAAUCUUGACGUGGGUGGAUGGAGUUUCCUACAAUAUUUCUCUGAACCAAAAGGCAUUGUCCAAAACAGAGAAGACGACACAAAGAAAACAGCUUAUGUCCAUCCGAUCGAGAAGCGUUCCGUGGCUAAACUGAGCCUUGAGAUGUGCACAGAGAGCCUGGGGACAGAGAAUGGGAGUGAUAGUGGAGACGAGAUGUCGUUACUUGCGCUUGAAGCAACCAAUAUUUCAAUGAUUUCUCUUACUAAGAAACCUCAAAAAGAAACUAACCUUAUGACCCGUGAAAACAGUUUUCCUCCGCCGUUAAAAUCCGUAAACGGAUUCAACAAUAGCCGUAUGGUGAAAUCGUAUAAAGAAGAUGGUCGUCUUGUUGUUCAAGCAAUUAGGGUUUGUUCACCACCUCGUUGCUUUGUAUCUGAACGUCGUGAAGGAAGGCUUCGUCUCUGUUUAUCAGAGAAUUCUUUGAAUAGUCAAGACGGAGAAGAAGAGUUCCAAGAAAAUGAAUCCGGAUUCGAGGGUCAUGAAGAUAAAGAGGAAGAGAAAGGAGAAGAAGAAGAAGACGAUUCAGAGGAAGAAGAGGAGGGCAUUGUGGGGAAUAACGAGAACUUUGAGGGUAAAAUUGGAAAUAAAAAGUUUAGCAGAAGGCCAAAAAGGAGAUGCAAUGAAAAUGGAUGUGAGCCUAAAACCAUGCUUAACUGGAAGGAGCAACAAUUUUGGGUUACCACUUAAUGGAAAAUUCAACUCAGCAAAUAAAUUUAUUUUUAUGACAACAGUAAUUAGUAAAAUGGCUUAUUUGAUUUUUUUAAGUAUGAUUGAUUUAUGGAAGAGGAGUGUUUUGUAUUA